AACUCACUUAAAGUAUAAAAGGCCUGAGAGCACACUCCUUGCAGCAGACUGAUUACAAGCCGGCACACGGCGACAAAUGUGAUUCGAUAGUAUUAAGGAUACAUUUAAGAAAUGGCAGCUAUUCAUUUAUUUAUGGUACUCCUCUUGGGGAGUACUCUAUCACUGAGCAAGGAAAUAGAACAGAAAAAAGUAUCUGAACUAUUAGAAAAUGGAAUCAAAGAUGAACCAUCUGGAAAGCCGGCGAAGAGAGGCAUCUACUCCACGGGACACGGAUAUAUCUCAUCCGGUCCUGUCCUGUCUCACGGAAUCGGUAUUGGCGGUGGUUACGGCGGUGUAAGAAUCGGCAGUGGUAUUGGAAUCGGCAGUGGUAUUGGAAUCGGCAGCGGCAUUGCCGUCGGUAGCGGAAUCGGCAGUGGAAUCGCUGUCGGCAGUGGAAUCGGUCUCGGAGGCGGUCUCGGAGGUGGUAUCGCCGUUGGAGGACCAGGAAUAGCCGUCGGUGGUGGAGCCAUCGCCGCUGGACCAGCUGUAGCCGUCGCCGCCGCGCCCGCAGUCGCUGUCGCACCCGCCCCCGCCGUGCAAACAUCAGUCUCUGUUCAACCCAACCCAGUCAUCUUGCGCCAGGAAGUUCCCCGCUUCAUCACAAGAACCAUCACCCGUGACGUGCAAGUACCCGUCCAAGUGCCCGUGCAAGUACCCGUCGACCGUCCCGUCCCCGUUCCAUACAGAGUGAACGUGCCCGUGCCAGUCGACAGGCCCGUGCCCGUCAUCCACAAAGUCCCAGUUGAGGUUACUCGCCAAGUCCCAGUGUACUACGAGAGGAAAGUCCCGUACCCAGUCAAAGUACCCGUAUCCGUGCCGGUGCCAUACCCAGUGACGGUCGAGAAGCAGGUGGCCGUCGACCGCCCCGUGUACGUCGACCGCCAAGUGCCCGUGCCCUACCCCGUGCACGUCGACAGGCCAGUGAGCGUGCCCGUUCCCGUUCACGUGGACAGGCCCGUGCCCGUUCCCCAGCCCGUAGUAGUUGACAGGCCAGUGGCCGUGCCCCAGCCCAUCGUGGUCGACAGACACAUCCCAGUAGCGACAGGUGCGAUCGCCACGGGCCCCGCCAUUGGCGGCGGCGUUAUCGGGGGCGGUGUUAUCGGCGGAGGAGUGAUCAGCGGCGGCGCGAUCAGCUCCGGCAUCUCGUACGGCUCGGGCGUGUCGUACGGCUCGGGCAUCUCCACCGGCAUCGGCUACGGCAGCGGUCUCUACGGCCACGGUGGCGGUCUUUACGGCCACGGCGGUUACGGGGGCUCGUACGGCUCGUACGGCAUCACCAGCAUCGGCCACUCCAUCCAUUAGUUUAAGUUAAAUUAUGUCGGAAUAUAUUCAGCAUUAUUAAAUAUACGGAUUGAAACACCUGUUUAUUUUUAUUGAAUUCUUUAUUUAGAAAACAUCUUGCGAACUCUUUGUACACUUAAGUUAUUUUGUAAAGUCUGUACUUAUGCACUUUUUAUGUUAUUAAAUUAAUAGCUUUA